AUGAGUGGUGGUAGAAUUCAUUUGAUUAAAGAAUUUCCAUAUUUUGACAAUGUUCAAGUAAAUAAAGAAGAACGUGAUUGUAUGGGAAUCAAAGUUUGUCAAUUUACUGAUCUUUCGCUUACAAGUAUUGAGCACAAUGAGAUUGAUAUUGAAUCAUCGUUAUGGAAAAACAUUACUGAAAAUCGCAAUACUGAUUUUAAAAAAACAAGUACUUACAUUACUUAUUUAGCUGCUAAGGGUACAUCUUGCAAAUUCAAAUAUAAUAAUGAAAUUGCUUGUUCUAGAAAUCUGGUUUUAUGUAAAUCACAUAUUUCUCAAGAUCUACUGAAUGUAUAUCAAUGGUUUAUUGGCUGUUCAAUGUAUCAUGUUGGAGAUAAAUGGCACCAUUAUAUUAAAGUUGAUACAUGCCCGUUUGUUGCAAUAGUAUGUGUUGGGACACAUAACCAUCCACCUCCACCUCCAGAAAAAAUACCUGCUGAUAUUAAGUUAAAUCUUCAAACCUUGAUUACUCAAGCAAUUGAGGAUAAUAAUAUUAUUACUCCACACUAUAUUCAAUCAA